CUGAGCCUCGUGGUGAUGAUCAUCAAUGCGAUCUCCCUCUUCGUGAUCUUGCAGAUGAGCCUUCUGAGCGCGCAGCUGAGCCUCAUCGUGUUGAUGAAGAACUGCAUUGUCGCGCUGAUGGGCGUGCUGCUUUUGCUGCUGGCUCCGAAUGUUAUCUUCAGGGCGUACUACCGCCUCAAGAAGUUGUACACGAGCCUCUUGCAUGUGCAGGUAGAUUGCGGCUACUUGGCUCGUCGGACCUGCCGCUGCCUCUCCCUGCUGCCGGUCUCGAUCUUACGCCUCGUGAAGCUGGCCAUGGAGCUUUUGACGAAGGC